UGCCGAGCUGCAGGUUCAAAUUCCUAGCGAAACGUUACAGUCAAAUCAAGUGUGCACCGACAGUCACGUACAGUUUUUCCGUUCCACUUUUUCCAGGUGCGACAGCAAAUUGAGUUAUUUUCAUUUGACGACUCUUUCGAGAAAAUAUUAUCAUUCCGGUUGUGCGAUAUUUGUAUACUUCAAUAUGAACUAUACUGUGAACUGUGAAGGGUGUGGGUAACGAAUCCAACAAACCACACGGCGGAAAAAAAAAGGUAAAACAAACAUUUCAUAUAAAUGGCGUCGGAAUUGGUGCAUAGUGACGGACUAACGCCUGUUGCUGAUAAUGCAAUUGUUGUGCAAUCCAGUAACGCAUCUGCCUCGUCAUUUACGCAUUCAUCGCCAACGGCCAACAAGGAGAUAAGGGGAAAAAAGAUGCCCGAUAACACCCACGGUUUGAGGUUUGAAUCCAAACUGUUGGCGCUAUUUUGUGUCCGCGGACUGGGUGCCGGUUACAAGUUUGAAUUGAGUAAAGAAAAGGAGGACGAAGGCGGGAAACUGGAAGAUUUGAUUUUCCGCUAUGAAGUUCCUGACACGACACCUGCGGGUAAACAUUGGCGAUAUCGAUACGUGCAGGCUAAACACAAGGAGAACGAAGGAGAGAAAAUCACGGCAGAUCACCUCCUUGGUUGCAAGCGCAAAGGAGAGUCCAGUGACUCGUUUCCCAAAAAUCACCUUCGUGAUUAUAACCCCAAGGGCGAUUUCAAUUUAACGAAAUAUUUUCAUUCUUUUUACAAGAUAAGAGCCAGGGGUGACGACAUUCACGAUUGCAUAAUCUGCACCAAUAUCGGCUUCGACGAGAACAGUCUAAAGGAGGUUGGAAUCGAGUUGGUGUCCAUUAAUAACCAGUCGGAAGAUAUUUUAAAGUUCGAUGCACCAGAGAAAACAGCCCAUUACAAACUAAAAAUUAACAAUAACGAUUGGCAUAAACAGUUGAAGGAGGAAUGGUCCCCCGUCCAACUGCUGGCAAAAGAACUCAAAGAUUGCGCUACGAAUAAUAAAACGACACAAAUUCGUACUGGAAUGCUCAGCAGCUACCACGACGCUUUGGUCGAUGAACACGUCAUCGAUUGUACCGCAAAGAAAUUCCACCAGGAUUUCGUGGGUGAAGUGAAUCUUUCAGAAGGUGCUAGAAAAUUGCGUCAAACGAUCUGCGAGUUAGGUGUAAACGACAGCUGGAAAGACUGGAAGUUUAAAUUGAGCAACAAUUUUGGAAAAGGCCAAUCGGCUAUCAAGAAUCCGCUACCAGGAAAAAUCACAGAGGAAGACGUCGACAAUUUCUUUGAUAAGUUGAUUUUUGUCGUCGAUAUGCCUAGCGAAGAGAAAUUCGAGAACAUUAUUGAAACUAAAGACGUGAGCAAAUAUUAUCCAAACGACAAGUGCGAAGAUCAAACGACGCAAAUAUUUGACGGAAUUUCAAAAGCGUUUAUAGGACAGCACGCCAAUUUUUGGCUGACAUCAGAAGUAGCAAAGAACAUUUUAUUAAAAAAUGUUUCAAAACAAUACAAGGAACAACUAGAUAAGAAGGUGGGAUUCAAUGACGAUGCGAUUAAAGUGAUGGAGGAGAAAUUGAGACAUUUAAUGGAUACUCCCGGAAGGGAAAAAAUCCAGCGGAUUGCCACACCUUCGCCGCAACUUACGGCAGUCAAAGUAAUUUCGGCGAUUGAGAAUUUACUGCAGGAAUUGAAACAGAAAGGGAUUUGCCAAGGGAAUUGCUUAAUAACACCGUCUAGUCUUUCACAAGACGAGGAAGAUAAGUGGAAGAAUAUUUUGAAAUUACAAAAAUAUUCUCAUCAUUUUCUCGUCGUCGUUUGUGAUAAUGAAGCAUCGGUCCAAAAUCACGAAAAUGUAUUUCCAGAAGGUAAAGCGGAAGAUAACAAUUUUAUAAUAAUAAUUAGUCGCGAUGAAUCAACAGCAGGGAUAAAAGACGAAAUCAAGUACACCGAUUUAAGUGACAACUUCCAAAAAAGAAUUUUGUCGAGAAUCGUUUCCUUUCAAGGGAAAAAUGUGAAAGUAAGAGACCUUGUCGGUGACAAACCGGAAGAGUUGAUCAAUUUCAGUUCUACAAAUGAAUUGUUAUUAGCAGAGAACGAAGUGAAAAUCCCUUCCUUCAGCACGUCAACCUUUGAGCAAUCGCUGUACGUCAAGAGGACAUUGCGAUUUCCGUUUGAAAAUCAGUUUGAACUUGGCGGGGAAUGCAGAAUCAGUUCAGAUGGCCACAUCGAAUGGCUCGUCCUCGUCGAAACGGAAAAACGAAAAGAAAUAUGGAAGAAAAUCAUGAAUGGUAUUACUAAUCAAGCGUCUUCUACCGGUAAACCUGUCGAGGACAUUGAUUUGAUGAAUUUGAAGGAAAAAGGAAAUGAAAAGUCAAUUGUCAUAAUUUCCGGAGUAGCCGGAACCGGAAAGUCUACUCUUCUCUCAUACUAUUAUAAGCAAAUAAAGAUUGCACAUCCGGACCACUGGGUAAUCAGAAUUAAUUUAGUUGACUACGAAGCUGUCUUGAAACUGGAUCAAAUAACGGACUUGGAUGUGGUUGAUUUAAUUAUUAAUCGAUUAUACGUCGUCGAUCACAAAAGUUCAUUUUCUCGGUCGUUAUUGAGAAAACGGUUGGAGACGGGAGAUCGAAUCGUAGUCAUGUUUGACGGAUUCGACGAAAUCAACGAACUGUGUCAAAAAGGCGCUAUUGAAUGGAUGAAGUCUAUAACUAAAGACAGAUUAAUCCAGCUGUAUGUCACAACCCGACCGCACAUGCUGGACGAGUUACAAUUCCAGUUAUCCCAAUUGGCUUAUAGGUUGGAAAACUUUACGGAAGAAGAUCAAAUCAAACAUCUUACCUCAUAUUGGGUAAAAGAAUUAAAUUUAUCAGGAGAUAUUGAGAAACCCCUUCAACAAUUUGCCAAAUCGUUAGUCAAACAAGUGUCGGAAACUCUGAAAGACGAAGAAAAGUCUUUUAUCGGAAUCCCGUUGCAAUGCAAAAUUCUAGCCGAAUGCUUCCAGUCAAAUGUUAAAGAAUUCAUAACAUCAAAUUGUGCUGAAGUUAAAGAAGAGCCUCGUGAGUCGGAAAUUUCUGAUUUACUUGACGGUAAGAAAUUCGAUUUAAUUAGUCUCUUCAAUCGUUUAAUGGAAACGAAACGGAAAGUUUUUCGUGAAGAGAAAGCUAAAGCACCAUCAUCAAUUGAAAACAAAAUUGUGACUGACGCCAUUAAUCGUUUGAUCAAAGACGUCGAGAGUCACCUGACACAAUUGGCCAUUAAAACGAUUGUGGAAGAUCAAAAGAUCGUCGACAUCUUGUGGCCACCUCAGUUAUCUCAUCAGUCAAGUGAUGACGAAACUGCUGACGAAAAGAUAAUCGCCAUGAAUAGUCUGAGUUUCGGAUUGACAAUCGAAAACAGAGAAAAUGAUACAACAAAUGUUACCCAGCAAUUCUUGCAUCGCACCUACGCUGAGUAUUUAUUCGCCAGAUAUUUAUUCAAUGGGUUUCUCCUUGAUGACAAACGACACAACAAGUUGCUCGAUGAUAAGUCUGCCUCAACAUUUAUUGUGAGCACAAUCCUGGUGAAACGGGAGUACAAUGGCGUCCAAGUAUUUUUCAAUGGCAUGUUGAAAGAAUUGGUUGACGACGACGAUGAAUGGCGGAAAAGAAUUAUUAAACGCGAUUUACCAGACAGACUGAAGACAUUUGCGGAACAUCUUUACAUUCACAUUCUUCGUCAAGGCCCAAUUAAAGGCCAAAUGUUCAUUCGUGAAAACGCACUUCUUUUUUCUCUUUCGACUGGGAACACGAUGAUCUUCACAUUAUUGUGCGAUUGUCUCGACGCAACUUUGGAUGGAAAACUUGUUCAAGCCGUCAUGUUCGUUUUUAUCGAAGUUUUGAAUUUCACACAUUUUUUCAAAGUUGAGUGUCGAUGUUUUCAACGAUUUAUCAAUUACUUGAACUUUGAUGAGGGUAGAGAUAUGUCAGAAUCUCUGCAGUUUUUCUUUGCAAGUAAUUUGGAAUAUUCUCAGUGGAAUGGCGAAGAACAACAAAAAACUGUCCACCACUUGUUGCAGUUUAUGACAAAUCAACGUGAGGCUUUUGAAAAUUAUUUUUUUUUAUAACGAGUUGAAUAUUCAACCUAUGUUGACCUUUUUUAUUUUCAAUGAAAAAUACGAGAGUCAUCUUGAAAUAUUUUUGGGACUGCUGUCUCGAUCAAUUGCCUAUUCCAACGAUUAUAAAUUUGCGAACUUGCUUAUGGGAUCCUUUUACUACCAAAAACAUUUUAUUGGUGGACGAAUUGAAAAGGCGCUAGCAGUUUUGUAUGAACUAGAAAGAAACAAUGUUCUGAUACUAAUGCAAUGCACAGUCCUUAUGCUAGAGCCAACAGCUUUUCAGAAAACUUAUAUUCCUCUUACGCUAGUGGAAGAAGACGUGACAGGAAUGGAUCUGAACAUAAUACUUCUAGAACAUGAUUCUUAUUGCAUGACUCGCCUUCACGAUGCAGCCUUCCACGGAAACACGGAAGCAAUCGAGGAAAUGUUAAAAAAUAUUAGCCAAAAUUUAAAUGAUCCGGAGCACAAAAAUGUUGCCGAUCAAGUAAUAAAUGAAGUCAUGGCAUGGGAUGAAUAUGGUUUCACGCCAUUCUAUGUGGCUGCCGCCUGUGGCCACAAGGAAAUCUAUCACAAGAUGUUGGCCUUCUUAAAACAAGUUCUCCCCGGCAACACACUAGAAAAACACUUGAUAGACGAAGGGGGAUUCGUAAUUCGUGCGCUUUUCGACGCAAUUUUCGACGCAAUUUAUUCUAAAAAUAUUCAAAUGUUUCAAAAGAUUCUGGAAGGUCUCAAGAAAGAACUUGGGCAAAAAAAACUAUUACAAAUACUUCGUCAUCUCCCAAGAAAUUCUGUUUCAUUUUUUGACAUAUGUAGAACAAAAGAAUUAUUCAACGCAAUGGUAAAGAUCGUCGUGAUGGGAGACGACAAUGUGAAGGAUUACACAGAUUUGUACGAUUUAGUUUUUCACAAUCAUGAAACACCAAGAUCCCUACACUACAUCGACGUCGAAAAUCUUCAAGGACUUUUGCUACUUAAAGGAGUUGAUGAUUUUACGGAAAAACUUUUCAAUAAAAAAAGUGGAUUUUUCACCGGAUAUUGUCUGUUAUCAAAUCACCUAUUAAAACAGUUCAAAAAAGACCAACUCGAAGAGUUCGUUGAAACUAUUACUUCUUCAAACAAGGGUGAACAAAUGGAAAGCUCCACCAUUCUCAAACAAGACCAACUGCUGCCAAGAAACAGUUAUUGGGGGGAUUUUUUAAUGUACAUCAUCGAAUCUUCCAUCUCGGACAAUCGAAUAAUUCUUUCGUUCUUCGAUUGUUUUAAACACUUGAGUGCCAGUUUUCUGAAAAAGCUUUUACUUCACGAAGAUGACAAGGGCCCUAUCGUGAUUCAAUUGCCACUAGACGUUGUUAAAGGCAUGCUAACCUAUUUGUCGGACCAAAGCCAAGAGGAAGUGAAACAGCAAUGGAAGAAUAACGCACCUCCAAUGGACACAUUUUUCGCUUCGAACAUCAUGGAUUACUUUAAACAAAAAUAUAGAUUAUUCAGUGACACAUGUUAUUUUAUCAAUAUUUUGCGACAUUAUUUGAAUUACGGCAGCGAAUUUCAUCUAAAGGAAUUUGUCAAUAUUGUCACUUCCUUGCGUAACAUAGGCGAAGAACGAAAAAGUGUAUGGAGUAACGUAUUCCAAUGUUGUUACAAAGAAGAAAAGAUUCAAGAAAUAUUGAAACUCGUGUCGGAGAAAGUUGACAUUUUAGGUCGAGAAGCCGUGAAAACAAUGUUGCUUCACCAAAUUGAUGAAAUGCCUUCGCUAUUCAAAGCUGUGUUGUGGGGGUGGGAUAUCGAUGCCCGGAUGGAAAUUUUUCCAUUCGAAAUCAAAGAAGAAAUUCAACUAUUCGUGAAAAUAAACGCACCCGAAUUGAUAGAUCGAGUUUUUAAGGAUCCCACAACCUAUUUUCAUAGUUAUCGUUUACCGACUUGUCGCUCAACAUUGAAUACCUUAACCUAUACAUUGAAUACCUUAACCUAUCUCCUCGAUUACAGCAAUGAUAAUCAACUUCAACAAUUUGUUCACUUUAUAACAACAGUUCAUUUUGUUAUCCCUUCAAUUAAAAUCACUCAAAUCAACAUUAACGGUUCUCGCGAGUCCAGCAUGCCACCAAGGAAAAGGUUUUUUAGCAUAUGGGCCGAGCUACUAGAUAAACAUUGGGAAGACCACGAAACCGACGACAUUGCAAAAAUGGACCUUUUUAUGAAACGCUUUUCAGAGAAACUCGGCCCAAAUGCCGUGAAGGAGUUGGUGCUCCACGACAAUGGUAAAAGACCCGUUAUAUUUGAUCGUGCACUGAAAGGAGGGGAAAAGUUACUGGAGACGAUGCUCAAGUAUUUGUCUGACGAAGAUCGAAAAGAGGUUCAAUGUCAAGUCGAUAAAUUCUUGGAAGAAUGGUUCAAGAUUGCCGGUGACGGAGAUUGGAUCAACAAAUACUACCUCCAUCAAGAAAAAUGACAAAAUCUUUUUUACUGGCUGUGUAUCCCAUUAUUACUAUUAACUGCAUUUCUGAAUUUCUCAUUCAAAUGAUGAGCAAUACAAUUUGUCAUGCCCAGAGUUUAAAAAUUUUCCUCCCGCAUUGAAUAAAAAUAACAGAUGGUAAAAAGAAACGCUUAGAAGGAACUAGAGAGUAAAGAUCAAUUUCGGUUCUAACAUAACAAAUUUGAAAGUCUGGUUUUUGCCGCCGAAAAUUUCCAGGUAUUAGAGGUGUCAGGUGGGAAACUGGAGGAAGGUCAUCCUCGUGAAUAUACGUCCACACUCACAUGAACGCACACGAGAAUGUAAAGAAAGGUGAGGAAGAAAUGAGUCGCCCGAACGAUAUCAGCCGGUCAACAAGCAACACUACCUUGAUUGUAUCCAGUAAAAAAAAAAAAUUGUAAUUCUGUAUGUUUAAUUUUUCUAUUGGUUGCAUGUUUUCCAGCUUCGAGCCAACAUGACGAUGGGCACACUAUCACGGACGAAUUCAAGAUCAGGAAAAUCAAGUUCACAUUUUAUAACAAAAUGUUUUGACAAAAGUGAUUGAAAACUCACCCUUUCGUGUGAUUUUAGACCGUUUAACGUAAUUACAUUAGCAAAAAGAAAUAAUGUCGGAUUUAGAAUAGUUCGAUCCAACAGUAAUUUAAGAGUGCUGGUAUAACAACACAGGGAUGAAUGAAAAAUCACGCUACGUCUCGUGAUCGUUUAAGCAAACCCCAAGGCAAGGCACCGUAGUAAAAAAUUAAGAAAAUGAAAAAUGAAAAUCGUGAUCCCUGCGCCGCCUGCGUUCAACUUUCAGUACCGCGGUACAUUAACGAAAUUUUCGGCAGUAGAUGUCGUUCGGUUGCGUUCACUUCGUGAAAGAAAAACCAACACAGCGGGACUUUGCCUUCGGCUGCUCUACAAGCAGAAGAGUGAAACAAAUUUGACAGUUGACAAGACUUUUCGUGGUUUCCAAUAAGAUUUCAAGUAUUAUUCUACAGUACAACCGUAAGAUUAAUUGUGAACAUAAAUUCAGUUGAGAACACAUGACGGAUUGUUCAAGUGCACUGCCAACUGAAAGAAAACCGAUUCUCUGUCAACUGAAUAGCAAAUAAAUGGCCGAAAACUCGAAAAGCAAGCAAGUGACAGACGGACAGCACCCGUGGCUGACGACACAAAAUCCAGCAGAGGCAGCACGACGCCGUCCAGCACGGACAGCAGCAAAGGCAACAAGAAAGCGCGCGAUGGAGCCCACGGUUUGAAAUUUAAAUCAAAAUUGUUGACGUUGCUUUGCAUUCGGGGUCUCGGUGCUGGUUACAAGUUUGAACUAGGAAAGGAAAACGUACAAGAUCUAGGCGGUAAGUUUGACGACGUGAUUUCCGUUACGACAUCCCAGACGAAAUACCAGCAGGGAAACACUGGGGAUAUCACUACCUUCAGGCCAAACACAAAGAGAACGAAAAUAAUAGAAAAAUCACAGCCCAUGAUUUACUCAACCCCAAGGGUAAUGGCCAGUUUAGUCUCAGGAAAUAUUUCUUUCGUAUUGCAAGAUGAGGGAAAGAGGCGACGAUGUUAGCGAUUGCAUCGUGUGCACCAAUUGGGACGUUAAUAAAAAGCAAUUCAAGAAGAUCCAACUGGAAGAAGUGAAAGAACAACAUGACAUUUUAAAAUUUGCUCUCGGGGAAAAAACCGUUGGUAUUUACAAGUUCAGAAGAGAUAUAUCAGAUAUAUCAGAACGAUUUCUUCUUAAUCUUUCAAAAUGACGAAUCAUUUAAAUUUUACAAGGUGCGUUCACACUGGCAGAAUUGCUACGUAGAGGUACGACACACUGCGUUUCUGCCAGGGUUGAACGCACCUUUAUUGUUAAACGCAAUAUUGUCUUUUUCAAAUGAUGGUGAUGGUCAAUACAACUGCUGGGAGUUAAAAA